GCAGUUAUCUACAUUUAUAGCUUUAGCCAUAGUUUUUAUUUUAAUUUUGUUUUCUGACCUGACAGUUUUGGUUCAGUGUUUGCUACAAAUCAACCAAGUUAACGAACGUCCAUUGUCUUGCACGUGACGCCCGAGUGACCUGAAUAAUUUCGAGAAAUUGUGGAAGCUGUGAGCUUUUAACACUGUAAAUAUUGUAUUGCACGUCACUAAUGUAAAUUGUUCGUGAAAAUGACGCUCUGAAAAAACACAGCUGUCUGCAUUAUUUGCAUUUUCUUAAAACGCUCUGGGUUAAAAGAUCAACCGACAACGCGCUCAUUGGAAUGCAAAUUAGCUACAUGUAUGCAAUCAAAAUUAAGAUAUCUGUGAGCCUGGGUGAGCCUGUGAUGUUCUACGCCUGGUUAUUGCAGAGAAGAAUAUGGCAUGUGGGAAGUUCAGCGACUUCAAAUAAUUAAUUGUAACCAGACCCAGUUAUAAAAUGUCUUCCGAAGACGCGGGCGAAAAUCGUCAACAACGAGAGCGUCUGCGAAAAUCACGAAAACUCGGUCUCUGUCAAAAACUGUCUACACAGUAUCGAGCUUGUUAUUUGGAUGGUCAAACACCGUAUGAACGAGCUCAAAACUUUGAUGGCAACUUUUUUGAGAAGUUUACUUCACUGGAGCGGGCUGAAAAGUUGACAGAAAGCCAAAAGAUUCAGGAUGUUGUCAUUGACGAAAACUUAAACCAUAGAGAAGAAGAUGAAGGAUGUGAUGCAGAGGUGUUGUCAUCAGUUGAAACUGAACCAACAUUGAAUGACAAACAGCGGGCUGCACUGUAUUGUGAACUGCUAUACACUGUGAUACACCAGCUUGGAGCACAAGACAAGACAGUGGACCUCUCCCCAGGAGAUUUAUUUGUGUACGCUCAGGAGGCCCUCAACAUAUCAGAGGAGACACACAGAACUCUCUAUGCAAAGACAAAAGAAAGGGAACCUCCAACAUGCGUGAUGAAAGUGGAAGUUAUUGAAGCCAGACAUCUGGAGGCAAAAGAUGCAAAUGGAUUGAGUGAUCCCUACUGCAUGUUGGGAUUAAUGACAGAGGAAAAUGAAGAUGAAAAGACGAAAAAAAUCAAGGUUUGUCGCAAGAAAUCUAGAAGCACAGUCAGAGAUGUUCUUGACGGAGAGUCAAUUCACAUGACACAAGUAAAGGAAGACACUCUUGACCCGGUUUGGAAUGAAACAUUCACAAUGAAUGUUAGUAACUUUCAAACAGAAAGAUUUCACCUCGACAUCUGGGACUGUGAUGACAAGGCGUUACUUAAGGAAGAAGACAGAAAAAUUUCCAAAAUAAAAGGAAUCUCUGGAAUGGGAAGAUUUUUCAAAGAUGUUAUGCAGUCUGCAAGAAAAUCAAGUCCGGAUGAUAAUAUUGAUGAUUUUCUUGGAUACAUCGAAAUACCGGUUAAGGAUAUUCCAUCCGGUGGCAUUGACAAGUGGUUUAAACUUGAAGGACGCUCUUCAAAAUCACGAGUAGAUGGUGACUGUCACCUUAAAAUUACCCUAACAACUGGAAAGAAGCCAGAAAUUCCAUAUGAGAUACAGCAUUUAUAUCCAACAGCCUUAGAUAUGCAUGGUGCGUUUUUAAGAGAAUUUAUCAAAUAUGGAACCGAACAUUGUCAGGAAAGUGACACUAAAAGAAGUUCAAGCGAGCUGUGUCCUCAAGCUGAAUUCAUUCUUCAUCAGCAUGCUUUACAGAAUGAACUGAACGAUCUUCAGCAGGCUAGUAUUCGCUGGAUGCUGUUCAGUCACCACCACUGGCUGGAGCCAAUGAAAUACAGCUCGUUAAACCUACUGCUAUGGACCCUUGAACAAAAGUGGAAAACUGGAGCUCUCAGCCAAAGAGAGGAACACGCGCUAGUUAGGUCCUUGAAGAAAUUCACUGAUAACUGCUGGAGGUUAAUGAUCAAAUAUCGAGACAUAUUCCCUGCCACAGAUAAAGGAAAGCUUGGUCGACUCAUUAACCUUCUAGAGUGUCUGGCAAAUGUGUACAAGCUUGAAGUGUUCAGCGAUUCAAUAAAAGAACCUUUGAAUAUUCAAAUGUCAAAUCUUCUCAAGGAGUCAGCCCUCGCUUGGUACAAGAAGGUAUUUGCUUGGAAGGAGCCUCAAACAAAGAGUGUAGAAGCCAUGUUAUCAGCUAUGGUGGAAGUUGCUGACGCGUUGGUUACCGACAUGUUUCAAGCGAAAACCUGUUAUAGAAAGAUCUUCUCAGUAACGGACGUGAAGUAUUUUACUACGGUUUACAAUCAGCUGGAACUAAUGCUUGCGUCUGAUGUCCACAACACCAUGAGGAAUAUAAACAAGCGUCUUAAACAAGAAGGUGGAGCUGAUAUCGUUGGGGAAAAGCUAUUUUCAUUGUACUUGGCUGUUAAGGAAGUUAUUAGCUAUCGGAGCAUCGGUGAAGCAAAGCCCGAUCGUGUGUAUGCUCUUGAUGACUAUCACACCUGGUUCAAACAGUCCGUUAUACGGUGGCUCGAUAUUGCACAAGUCAAAGCCAAAGAGCGAAUACGAAAAGCCGUUGAAAUUGACAAGAUUUUGAGGAUUGAUGCAAGUGUGAGCCACUCCACGUCAGCCAUUGAUGCAGUGGGUUGUUUUCAUCAGAUCAGAGAAUUCUGGAAGAAGAUAGAUUGGCCUGACCCAUCUGGAUCAUAUGUGUUUGUCAUGCAAAUUACCGAUGAAAUUUGCAGCAGUGCGUCGUAUUACGCUGAUCUUCUGUUCGAAAAGAUGAUUAAAAAUAACUAUUACGACCAGGCUCCAUCUCAGUUUGACGUCAGUGAACAGUUAUGUGUUACGCUGAAUGACAUUGAAUACAUGAGGCUGUGGUUGUCGAAACUUCCGGAGAAUCUGGGCUGGGAAGACGUCAUUAAUGCCAUGAUGGCGGCACACGGUGAAAGAGGCGGGAAACAUGCGCGCACCGCGCUUGAAAACAUGCUGUCCAGUUCAGACGAGGACAUGCUCAACAAGAUAGCGGACGCCAUCGAGCACAUUGGACAGCGGAUGGGUGUUGACAUCAAGAGGUUUUUUUUUCAAAUUUCCUGUGCCUCGGACAACAUACCAGCUGAAGAUGUGGUGGGUGGCUUGCUUCAGUACCUGGAUGAUGACUUAAUGGUACUCAACACAAGUGUUGUCAAAUCUGUAUUUCAAAGAAUUCUUCUUUACAUUUGGGAAAUAGUGAUGGAGAACUUCACAAAUGGACUAAAAACCAACACAGGGAGAACCGCAGCCUUCUACCAAAGACAAUUCGAAGCACUUGAGAUAGUGCAGAGUUUCUUUCACGCCGAUGGAGUUGGGUUGCCUUUGGAACGUCUUCAAGUGGGACAUUACAAGACUUUGGUUGAGACUCUCAACAUGCGCAAGUUGUCUACAACAGAAUUAAUCCAGCUCUACUUAGCUGAGAAGUGCGAGGAACAGGAAACUGUCGAAGAGAAAUACGGAGCUGUGACAUUCAAAGUUUUCUACGAUUUUAACAAUCAGAAGCUUCAAGUGGAAGUGUUGAAUGCAAAGAAUCUUCCACCGCUGGACACAAACGGAUUGUGUGAUCCGUAUGUGACUGUGGAGCUUUUACCAGAAGAGUUCUUUGGCAAUGAAGUCAAGAAAACAGAGAUCAUCAAGAAUACUCUGUACCCUCUUUUUGACGAGCAGUUUGAUUUUGAUGUUGAGCCGGAGCUGUUGAAAGAGACUGGUGCCUGCUUGCAUAUGACUGUCAUGGAUUAUGACGUGUUUUCAAAUGACGAUUUCGCUGGUCACGUGUUUUUCAACUUGAACAAUAUCCUCGGUUUGCGAGAAGUCGCAGCUGGAGGAUUUGCAAACGUACCUCAGGAGAUAAGAAAUAUCUUUCACCCCAAACCUGAAGGCCACUACUUUGAAGUUCUUGAGUCACGUGACGAUGAAAAAGCACAGCAGUUCGCCAAAGCACAGAAAGACUUGUACGAGAAAACCAUCAGUGCGCAUGUCUGAGGUACGAGCCGUCGAGUGACACUGCUUUCGUUCAAGUACGUAAUCAAAAAGCCAUUAAGCCUGGGUAGAUCAAAAUAAAUAAUAAUAAUUAUAAAGAAAAAUUGAAAUAUGUCUUAUCUUUUUCUACUGUAAAUAUAGUAAGGUCUUGAAAGAUAAGCAGGCCUGGUAAGACGCCUGGCUAAAUUUCUUCAUGUUAUAGAUCAUAAUCGCAGCAGUUAGAAGGUUGCAUUUUUAUCGCUUUACGAAAUGGAUACUCUUUCAAUAGAAACUUUUCGUUACAUCAACUUAUCUACGUGUACACGAUAAAUAAAAAGAAGGCGUACUAUUUUCGUUUUUAAACAAGGGAAACUGCUACAGUCAAACCUCUCUAAAACGGCCACCUUGGGGACAAGUGGCCGUUAUGGAGAGGUAGGGGUGUAAUAUGACACCUGUUUUUUCGGGGGUACUACAUUUUUAUAGUAAAAAAACUGCUGAUUGUAGCAGAGAAAUACCUAACACAAUCAAAAUAUACGAAUAAAACAGAAACCAAACAGAAACUGAGACUAACGACGCGCGGUAUGGAU